AUGUCUUCGAUCGCUGCCAUGGCUUCCCGCCGGGCUCUGGCUCGCCAGCCCAUCUUCCGCGCUGCCCCGCGCCGCUUCAUGUCCUCCAAGGUCGAGGAGGCCAGCCUUGACAAGGCUCCUAAGCGUGACCCCGAGCUCUACGUUCUUCUCGGUAUCAUGUCCGGCGCUUUCCUCGGUGCUGGCUGGUACUUCGGCUCCAAGCCCACCUCCGUCACCUCCGAGAGCAACGUUCGCAUUGCCGAGAGCUCCAUGCCCUGGCACGCUGCCUCCGAGGAUGGCAAGAUCUACAAGUACCAGUACCACCCUAACGGUGACAAGAGCCAGCCCCUCCGCGCUGCCCCCAGCGCCCUGAACACUGUUAUUGUUCCCAACGUCACUCUGCCCGAGGACCUCCACGAGAAGUUCAACAAGUACGGCAAGGAGGAGUGGGACUACUAG